UAUCUUUGUGAUAAAUAUUUACUGUUAAUGUUCCACAAAAAGAAAUUACUGGUAUAGUUUCGUGUCCAGUGUUAUUAUUUUACGUAUGAUUUCUUUUUACCCGUGUGAUUAUCUGCAUAAAUACAACAAUUGCUUCGUUUGUGUUCGAUAGUCCCAUGGAGUACGAUACUCUGGCCCGCCAUACAUUUUACUCAUGCAAUAGUGAAACGUCAAAUGAAAUUAAUAAUCAUUUCCCUCGUUUAUUCUAAAAUAAUGAAUCAUUGCUAAGAUUUUAAGAACAACAGGCUGUACUUGUUGGUGUCUUGUGGCAAAUUGAAGUACCAUUAUGUAGCAAACUAUGUGACAUUUUACACAAUGUUAUUACCACGCUCAAAGUGUAAAGUAGUGUGGGGAUCGUGAACAUGUAGGUUGUGAAAAAAAACUAUUAAAGAUGUCGUUGAGAGGCACAAAGCGGACAAGUGGGGUCCGCGGGGACGAAGCAGGCACAUCCAAGCGCCGCAGAGUGGAGUCUGAAGACGCCCUCUGGCAGCUUCGGCCUGUGAGUGACCUCAAGAUGUCAUCCAUUUAUAACAGAAAUGCCUCUGAGGCACCUGCAGAACUAUUCAGGAAAGAUUUCAUCUCUAUGAUGAAACUAGCUGAUUCUGAGCCACUAACACCGAGUGAUUACUGGAUUAUCACAGAUACUUGGAAGCAAGAUUGGGAGCGAGGGGUACAAGUACCCGUCAAUCCUGAUUCUUUGCCAGCACCAAAAGUCAAAAUCAUUAAAAACCCAAAGCCACCAAACUUUGUUGAAUUUAAACUACCCAAGGACAAAUACAUUCAUCUUACCAGAGAUGCCCACUAUGAAGCAGACAAACAUUUGCUCAGUACAACACCAACACAGGCAGAGGCUGCUUGUGGCUAUGACCUCGAUGCCAUGGAUACAGCUUGGCUGAAGUUGUUGAACGCAGAACGUGCAAGAGCUGGUGCAGCAGCCAUUACAGAAGAUCAACUUGAAAAAGUGAUUGAAGAAUUAGAGGUACGGACAUGGGAGAAGAUUCAGUCAAUUAUAAAAUCUGAAGAGGGUUUGGGACUGGAAUAUGACGAGAAUGUCAUAUGUGAUGUGUGCAGAUCUCCUGAUUCAGAGGAUGGUAAUGAAAUGGUGUUUUGUGAUGAAUGUAACAUCUGCGUGCACCAAGCAUGUUAUGGCAUUACUGUUAUUCCAGAGGGACAGUGGCUAUGUCGCCCGUGCCGAGCCGGUGUCAAACCAGACUGUGUUUUGUGCCCAAAUGUAAGUGGUGCCAUGAAGUGCACUCCUUCUGGUCAUAAGUGGGCUCAUGUCAGUUGUGUUCUUUGGAUACCGGAAGUGUCUAUUGGUUGUGCCGAAAAAAUGGAGCCUAUUACAAAAAUAGGAUCAAUACCCCAGUCACGCUGGUCCUUAGUUUGUGUUUUGUGCCGUGAGCGAAAAGGAGCCUGCAUACAGUGCUCUGUAAAGACUUGUAAAACAGCUUAUCAUGUGACUUGUGCAUUUAAACAUGGGCUAGAAAUGCGUGCAAUUAUUGAAGAUGAAAAUGCUGAUGAUGGUGUUAAAUUACGGUCAUAUUGUCAAAAGCAUAGUGUGAAUUCUAAAAAAGAAAAGUGUACUGGUUCUGGUGAAGAAGAGGAGGAAUCCAAAAGAAAGCGUCGUAAAGACAUGACUUCAGAGGAAAAGAGCCAAGCUAGAGCAGCUCGCCUGCAAGAAAUUGAAGCUGAAUUUGAUGAGCAUAUUGGUAUCAACGAUAUUAGCUCUCAUCUUGAUGUUGACCAAGAUGCCAUAAGUUACAUUUAUAACUAUUGGAAGUUGAAAAGAAGGGCUUGUCACAAUCGCCCGCUUCUACCGCCAAAAUCUGACAACAAUGAAUUAUUAACUCAUAGACAAGAACAAGCUGAUCUAGAGAAGAUGAAGAAGUUUGUUCAACUUCGUCAAGAUUUAGAGAGAGUACGAAAUUUAUGUUAUAUGGUUAGCAGGCGAGAAAAACUUUCACGAUCCUAUUUUCGGAUGCGCGAACAAACAUUUCACAAACAAAUUGCUGUGUUAUCAGCAGAGGUUACUAUAUCGGCGCCCGAAUUGUCGGCUAUUAUUGAGGCAAAUCAUGGACCUUCUAUUUACGACAGAUUAUACUCUGGUCCAAAUGCUCCUGAUCAUGAAAAUGACUUUGAUGAUCUCCUUGCGCGAAUAGCUCCACAGGAAUCUAGUGACGAUAAAAAGAAAGAUCGAAAUGGUCUCGUUAGAGGUGCAAAGUCAACAAAUCCUUACAAAAAGCUUUAUGUCAAUGGAUCUCGUAGAGGUGGUGUGUAUACAGGUCUCUCUAGUGAAGAAAGUGGUGCAGAAAUUAGUCGUUCUAGUAAAUACCGAGGAAGAGCCAUAGGGUCAAGUACAGAUGAUGAUGCAAAGAAAUUAAACUCUUCAAAGAAGAAAGUUUCACCCAAAGGAAAAGGGAAAAAAUCACCUAAAAAGUGCGAUCAGAGGAAGAAGAAAGUACCACAAUCAAAAGCAAUUGUGGAAAGUAGUUCAGAAGAGGAUACUGUAAAAACACGCCAAAAGAAAGAUCAAUCAGGUAGUAAGACACUUCAACAAAUGGAGAAAGAAAUGGCUGCUGGUAGAGCAGGAGAUUCUGGGUCAGAUAGUGAUGAAUUAAUUCCAAUAAGAUCUACUCGAAACAAUAAAUUUCCAGUUGAUAUUUAUUCUGAUAGCAGUGAAAGUGUAAAAGAGGCAAAGGUCAAAGUUGAUAAAUCUCCAACUGAAAAUGAUUCUUUACAAUCAUUGCCUAGAACAAAGGCAGCAAUGAAAGAGUUCAUUCCUAGCCAACCUGAAAACAAAACAUCAGCAGAUCCCAAACCUUCACCUAGAAAGAGAGGUAGAAAACAGAUUAAUAAAGACAAGAAAGUAUUAAAUAAAUCUAUUGAGUCUGAUGAUGAAGCAAAAGAUAAGGAAAAUAUUAAAAUUGCUAAACAAAAAGAUAAUCCAACAGAUUUAAUUGUUCCUCAACGCCAAGCUGCUAAGAAGGCUUCUGAAAAUAUGCGCUCUACUACUACAUCAAAGAAAGAUGAAACUUGUGUAGAGAAGCCAAUGAGUAGUGAUGAUGCUAAAAAUAAACAAAAAACGAGUCAAGUCAAGGCUAAGGGUAAAGAAAUUAAGGAUCCAAAACCUGCAAAAGUUGGCAGAAAGAAAUCAUCAAAAGAUCAAAAAGAGACCAUUGCAUAUGUCCCACAAAGACAGGCUGCGAAAAAAGCGGCAGCACAUAUUAAGAGUGGCCUUGGGUCUAAAGCUCCAGUUGUAGAAACAGUUGAUGCUGACAAAAAGAAAGAUGUUGAUAAACUAAAUACGUCAAAAUCUCCAAAGAAAGAUGACGCAAAAAGUACUAAAAAUGUCAAAGAAGAAAGUUCAAGUUCCUCAUCUAACUCAAGUAGCAGCAGCUAUUCUUCAUCGUCUAGUUCUGAUGAAAUUAAAGAAAAGCCAAGUAUAAAGCCUACAGCUAAAGCACGCGAAAUAAAGCCAUUUCCGAGGCAACCUUCGAUGUUUUCACCACAUGUAUCUAGACCGACAGUGGAUUUGCCCUUUCUCGACAAGGUGUCAAGACCAUUGUCUUCAACUAGUGCCUCUAGUGAUUCCGAUAGUUCGAAGGGAUCCCGAUACUCUAUUACGCGUCCUCGCAGACGCAGAAAAGCCAAGACUGUUACAGAAGAGUCCCCUCACAAGACUCCAGACAAGAAGCUUAAAACUUCCGAACGGAGGUCCGAGUGUGGGGGCUCAUCACCGACUACUGAAAGAGAGGAAUCGAGUCGACCCAACAACACGGUUCCCGCCGCGCGUGCUCGGACCAGAAGCACUACUGCAAGCGGAAAUAUGUCUGAUAAGUCUGAUACCAGAGCAAGAAAAUCAUCUCGGGAGCUCGAACAUACCUCUUCGCCAAAACAAAAUACCGAAGAGAGCAGUAAGUCCGUUGAAUCUACAAUUACGAAACGGCAAACGGACGAGGCGGUAGAGGAACAAACUAAAGAGGAAAUUGCUAUAAUUGAUCAAAGUAUCAAAUCUGAUGUAUCUGUUUCAGAGAAUAUGGUGAUAGCUGAUGAUAAAAUAUCUGAUAAAAUGUUAAGCCCGGAAGAGUUUAAUAAUCAAAAGGAAGAAGUUAAGGAUGAGAAAAUUUCUGAUGAUACAAAAGUUUUUGAAAUUGAGGCCGAAAAUAAAUCAUCAAGUAAUCACGCGUUUUCAACAACAACAAAUCUAUCGCCUCCUAAAGAAACAGUAGAUAACUUUGAAGAUGAUGCUAUUAAUACUCAUGAAACCUGGUUAUCACAGGCUCCAAGUCCACACAUACAUCCACCUCCAGUUGAAAAGCCAGGUGAUCACGAAAAGUAUAUGACAGAGGAUAAAUCACUUGAUGCAGAUUUUACAGACAGAAGUAGUAUAAGAAUGAUAGCUAAGAUACAAGCAAAUCUCAAUGAAAACACUAUGAUAAAAUCACCAAAGACACCCAUGGAUGCAAGAACAAAUACAAUUGAUUCUAUUGAUGUAGAUAAUCCCAUGUCGCGAAAUAGUAGGAAACGCCCCAUUGAUAAGAAAUUUAUUACACAGGAUGCUAGUCAUGUUCAAGGAGUAGAAAUAUCAAAGAGUGCUAAGAUACCAUCUGUCGUCAAUAUUUUUCCCAAUAGAAAUAUGUUCUCGCCACAGCCUCGAGAAAAUGAACAUUAUGAAAUUGACGUAUUCCCAUCAUAUUCGGAAUUCAUAUUAAAAGAAGAUUCAAAGGAACAGGGUGCACAGGAAACAUUAAAUUUGGUUGAUAGACUCAGAAUGCAGCUAAGUAACAAGAAAGCACAACCAGAGAACUUAGUACCGGAUGAGAGUUUUACAAAUGAAAAUAAGGAUAUGGUUAUUGAUCUGAUUGGUAUUUGCACACCUAAGAGUGAUCAUGGCAAUAUUAAGGACAGUUCUAUAAAUUUAAUUAAUGAAGAAGAAAAACAUAGCUCGGUAAACGAAACAUUAACACACAAUCAUAUUCCAAAAACAGUUGAGGCCCUUCAUAACUUGACUCCCCAAUCACCUCAAAAUCCCCAAGCAAUGCUUACAACAAAUUCCACACUUUUUCAUCAAAAUGAUCAUAACAUUCUGCGAACAACAAAUGAAAAAUCGAUGGACUCCAUGGGGUCUAAACACGAAUCUCAUACAGAACAUACUAAUGAUAGAAAGUAUGAUGAUACUGCUUCAUUUAAUGAGGACUUAAAGGAACCCUCCACAGUUAAAUCUGAUAUGCACUCUGCUUCUGAAAUUGGAGAUAAUAUAUCAUUGUCAAAACAAAGUGACGAUUCCCAGUCUAUAUCAGUAGUUGACCACUCAAUUGACAACAAUGAUUUGAUACCAGACCAUCCAACCUAUGACAAUAAUAAUUCUGUUUUAAACUCAGAGAUUGCAACUUUGACCUCUCCAUACAUAUGUAAUGAUGCAAAAUGGCGGGAAAGCAAAAUAGCAACCAGGAGAUCUUCAACCUCGAGCACAAAUUCAGAAGCAUCCCUUGGAUCUCAAAAGAAUAAUUUGCAUCUAACUACAUGUGGUCGCUCAGAUCCACGAGAUACUAGAGAUCUUCGAGAUCCCCAUCAAAGUGGCGCUAUAACUGAAAUGGAACCAUACCCACCAAUGCCCGCCUAUCACGUAGAUCCGGCGUUAUCGCUGAAUCAAUAUGCUAAUUAUGCGCCAAGUCCUUCUCCUUAUAUGGCACCAUUGGCUCUACCACUGUUUGCUCCAGGAGCAUGUCCUUCUUCACAACUAACCUUACCAUCUCCCGCGCCAGGAAUAUAUCCUACUUUAUCCUACUCUGCACCACCAUUGAUGCCGCCAUUACCAAAACCUGUAUUUUCGAGUAUUUGUGCUGCUUUCACAUCUUCUUCUCAGAAUAUUGCUAUUACACGCGCCAUGAUUUCAUCGCCGACAUCAAAACAAAUAGAUUCGCCGUCUGAAGAUAUCGAUGUAACAGGCAGUGAUAAAAUGUCAUCGAUUGCGCCCUCCAGUCCCACCAUAAGUGUGGGUUCAUUUACCGAGGGAAGUAAUACAAGAGAUGCAUCCAAACUAAAUGAAAAUGCGGAAAAUUUGAUUAAUUUACAAAUACCAGAGUCAAAAUCGCCUGCCAAAGUAAUAAAACCUUUGCCGCCAAAAUUACCUGGUAAAAGCCCCGGAAUAUCACCAAAACAGACUGAGGUAACAAAAGCAACAAAGAGAAUAAGCAACAAAAAUAAUAGAAGUCAAAGGGGACGAGGUCGUUCGAAGAGCCGCGGCCAAGGAGCUCAUAACUUCCCUGCAUCUCACUAUAUGGGAAAUUCGAUUCAAAGUAAACUUGUUGGAACUGUAUAUGAUUUUGAGGAAGAAAUAGCCAAUGACGGUGUAGAUUUAAAAGCACUUAGAGAAAGGCGUAAAUCAAUUGAUGUAAAAGAUGAUCGUAAAUCUGAACAUAGUUAUAAGGAGCCAUCGCAAUCUCCUCGCACUCCAAAUCCACAACAAGUAAUGAUCGAAAGAAAAGAUAAUAAAUCACCAACUCCAGAACCCCAAGAUGGUCCAGAAUCUCCAGUAAAUAAAAAUAAUUUGGAACAUACAGGUUUUUCACAAGUACAACCUGUUCUUCCGGGUCCUGUUGAUAUGCGUACAUAUUCUAUCGAUAGCCAGCCUCCAGCUGCCACUACUGAUGUCUAUCAUACCCAUCUCUUAGCUUUCGCAAGUGGAACUGCUGAACAACAAUUAGCUGAAAUAGAUGAAGAAGUUGAAAAACAACUGCACACUGCGUUAAUGGCGAGCAAUCCAGAAACGGAAUCACAGUCAGAUACAUCCAAUACCCAAGUCAAUCACGCCAAUAAGGAAACUUUGGUGGCUCAGUUACCAAAAGUGUCAUUAUCAGACUCAAGAAAUCAACUUAAAGUAAAAAUUAAAGGCCCCUUUUUAGACGCAAACUACUCGGCCAGCUCUGCACCACCUGUUGUGCCAAAACCACCUGUACCAGUACACGAUCCUAAUACGAGCUUAUUGAAUGUAUCCACAAGCUCAGUUGCGUCAACAGGCUCCACAAACCUAAGACGUAUGCGUAAGAAAGAACUUUUACGGCAGUAUUGGACUCAGGACAUGAACAUGGAUGAUCCAACCAAUACUGCAACCAUAGGUAUCGUGCCGCCUCCCGUAGCACCACAGCCUCAAUUAGCCAGAGCCGUCAUAACAAUACCUAAAGCUGUCGCUUCAAUGACUAGUAUACCAACACGAGAGGAUUACAAGAUGACGGAAACUACCGUGGAAAAGAAGAAGCGCAAGUCCAGCGCGCUAUCGCGUGAACUAAGGCAAUUAAAUAGUGAUAUUGAUCUGUCAGAUAAUGUUAAAUUGUCAAAAUUCGUAGCUGGGUUAGGACAGUAUCCAAAAAGACGAGCGCGUGUUCCUCCUCCUAAGCCCAGUCCUCCUUCACCGAGUGAAACUUCACCUGUUGCACCUAAACUUAAGAUUAAGAUCGGAUCUAACAUAGUGCAAUCGAUGCCCGAGGAUACAUCGGGAUGCCAGUUUCGACCUCCCAAAAAGCGACUCCAAUCGCAAGUCAUACCUACGCCUAGCAUGGAAGACUUAAAACGCGAGAGUAUGAUCUACCGUCGCAUGGUAAUGGCGGACUUCGAAGAAGAUAAGAAACCCAAGAAGCCUAAAAAAGACAAAGGAAAGAAAAAGAAGGACAAAAAGUGUGAUAAAGAGAAGCUAUUAGUGGUGAACAGUGAAAGUGAAAGUGCGACAAAGUUAAUAAUAAAAAUAAAGCGGCAAAAGGAGGAAGAAGUGAAGCAGGAGCCGGGAGACGGUAGCGCGCUGGCUAGCGCGGCGGCCGUGGUGCCCGAGCCGACGGUGGACCCGUUCGACUACGACCCCAAGGCGCCCGACCCGCUCGCCAUCGACCCGCCCUUCUCCGACUCCACGGCCGCGCUGCGCCGGAUACGCACCGAGAAGGUGACGCCCAUCCGCUUAAAACGCAGCUCGCAGGGCUCGGGCUACGUGAUGAAGAAGGCGCGGCUGGAGCAGGCGUCGCUGGAGGCGCAGGCCGGCGGCAGCGCGCCCGAGCCCGCGCCCGACGACCCGCCCGCCGUCAGGUGAUACGGCAAGUUUAAGACGGGACUAUAAACUCUUCUUGUUGUGAGUGAACCUUUAUUGUACAUAGUUACUUCAGGAAUUUAAUUUUACCUUUAAGUGUAAAUUAUUUAUUUGUAUAAAACGAAAGCUCAAUUUAUAUCUUAAAUAUAAUUCGAAGCAUGUCGGAGUAUUUAAUGAAUACACAAUGUUAUGUGAUUUGAAAUAAUUUAAAUCAAUAAGAUUUAUAUACAAUUAACUGUAUGACUCGUAAUAUGGAAUCUCAUGAAUUUGCUUCAUAAUUGUAACAGAUGACUAUGACUUCAUUCACAUCAUAUUUAAUGGUAUUUAUGUAUGUAUUUAUUAUUUUUUUACUUCAUUUUUACCAACUCCCUUUUAUGUAAUAUAGAACAUUAUAUUAUAAUAUAUUUUUAUUUAAACAUAAUAUUGAAAAAAGACAAGAAAUGACUUGAAAGUUUUAAACAUGAAUUAUAAAUAUAUUCAUAAUCAUUUUAACUGUCCAUUUAUACACUUUGUAUUUGUCCCAUUGAAACAAGUAAUAGAAUACAGAAACAUUUAUAUUAAAUGUCUUCAAUUGCCACUGAAUAGGAGAAUAAUUCAAUUUUACUAUAUUAGCAUGUUUUUUUUUUAUAAUUUACAUAUAUAUUAUUGCUGUUCUGAAUUAUGUUUUUAUUAAUUAUUAAUAUGAAGCUAAUUUUAAAUUUAUUCACAUUACACAUAUAAAUCACAAAUAACGAUAAUCUAAUUAAUUUAUGAUCCAAAUCCUUUUCAAUGUUAUAAUGAAUAUAAUUAAUAAUGAUAAUUUUUAUUGUAAAUUAAUAUUUCGUCUAUUUGCAUAUCACUUUUUGUGUAUCAAUAGGAGUAACUGAAAAAUUACUUUUUGUAAUGAGAAUUUGAGGUCAGAUUCUUAUCUUAUGAAUUCGUAUGUUGUAUGCAUAAUAAUAAUGAAUGUGCAAUAUUUGCCAAUACUCAUCGGAUAGUCAGGUUUGAAUCGACCUUCACGGCCGGUAGUAGUUUUAAGUGCAUGUUUGUUAAGUGUAACUCGUCUCUUAAAUGUUAUUUCAUCAGUUUGUAAAUAAAGCAUAUUUAUUAAAAAUCAAUUUUAGCAAAUAUAACGAAGGAAAUUUCAGAAUUGUGGUUAAUUCUUUGCACUGUUGUAAAUUUAUAGUUUUAUUGAUCAUUAAUCAGAAAGAACCUGAGUUUUGAUAUUUCCUCUUGUUAAUAUACAUUGUCAAUGUUUAUCGAAAUCUAAGAUUAUCAUUUCAUUGUACAUGUCAUCGAUAUAAAAAAGUAGUUUAAUCGAAUUUGAUCUUUGAAACGUGGUAAUAAUAAGCUGUCAUGUGUUAAUUAAUGUCAAAUUGUACAGAAAUUCGUGCAUAUUAUAUCUGCAAAAUGCAAUUCUUUGCUGCUUACACCUACUUCAAAAUGCAUCCAUUUCCUCACACAUUUACAGUUACUUUAGAACAAUUACUAUCUUAGUCGUAGAUGGUGUAAUGAAUGACACUAAAAUAUUUAUUUUUAUACAAAAUCCUAGAAAAUAUAAAUUUUAAUUACUAAACAUGCCGUUAUGUCGAUUUGGGAUAUAAUUAUUAUUGUUUGUAACGAGAAAAUCGAAAGGCUUUUAAAGUGUGCAUUUAUUAUUUUAAGAAUUUUGUAUGAUUUGUAUCCAUUCACAAAAAUAAAAGUUUAAAAACUAAUUUGAAUGUAAAUAAUAUAUUUUGUCGACUAUAUGAGUAUUAUUUUUUAUACUGACUGGUUGAGAUUUCUUUUCACACAAUUUGUCUAGGUGUGCGUAGAUUUAUGAUAAAUAAUAUAUUAUGUACACCUACAUUCAUAGGCUUUCUAGAUUGUGCACGAAUUUCAAGUGGUAUUUUCUUGCGCUCGAUACAUUGAAUAGAAACAGAAUCAUUUUUGACGUAUUGUAAAUUAUGUUAAUUAUUUUUAAUUAUUUAUUGAAGGUACGACAUUUUCACUUCGAUAAUAAUAAUUUGCGUUCGAAGACAUGUUGUAUUUUUUAUUAGAUUAAAUAUGCAAGUUGUAGUUACUUGACCUUAACGUAAAACUUUUAAACACAUUUUAAGAUUAAUCCCCAAAUAGUACGAAUCUUAUAUUUGAUGAUGACUGUUUUCUGUAAAACGUUUUAAAUAUUUAAUCAAUAGUAAUUGAUUUUACAAUUCUUAAUCUUUCGCUUUGAUCAAAGAAAUGACAUACUUUAAACUAAGUAUAAGGGGGGGUUUUAGUAUUUAUUUAUAAAAUAAUUUGUCGCAGGCGAUACCAGGUAUGUAGUGAAAGAAUAAUUAUAAUAGAUUGCAUUCUGCAGGCCGCUAACCUUUACUUGCUAAUAUUAAAAAAAAACUAUUCGCAGGCGAAAUAUUUUGAUUUUAAACCGAUUAUAAUAUAAAAUUAUGAAUGUCAGCUUAAUCAACGAAAUGAUGACAUGUAAAUAAAUAAAUAAAUGAAAAAAAGUAAUAAUUUCAGAAAUAUAGUUAUUUUUUUAUAGGGGUUUAUUUACGAUUUUGAAUAUAAAGGGAGCUUGUUGAUGCCUAUUGUAAAAAAAAUCUCAAAAUUUCAAUAAUAUUCUCUGUUUUUCAAUCAGGAAAUGUUCAUAUGUAUUAAUAAUAUAAUCGCAAUCUAUAAUAAUAUAUAAUUAUUUAAAAUUUAUUUAUGCCAAUAAUAAGAAUCGUGAAUUCAACAACAAAAUCACAUUGAAAUUGUCUUCCUACUUCUGGUUAAAUCUCAUGUUUAUUUCUACACUCGCAACACACGCUGCUUUCAAAAUCAAACUGAAAGUGUUUAUUCGGCACUAUCACAUUUGAUAUCACCUGUCUACGCACAAUGUUUUCACAAGAUAUAAAAUCAUCACACUUCAAUGUUUGUCGAGCAUUACCUUAUUACUGUGAUUUGUUUUAAUUUAUAUAUAUUAAUUUUUAAGAAUAUUUAGAGUAAUAUGUAUUUCGAGAUUCCAAUCGUUGAUAAUGACGUUAUCUCUGCAAUGUAAAUAAAUUAAAUCUAUUAAUUGGCGAUAAAUAUUAAAUGAUUUUGGUACUACUAUAUAUAUUUGGUGUUAUUUAGAUUUGAGCUUUGAGCGUAUGAUUUUAUAUUUUAAUUUACCGAGUUUUAACUACUGUAAGUGUUGUUUGGAAUCGUAUUUUACUUUUAAUAUUGUAAGCGUCGUUAAAAUGAGUGUUGUUGAAAUAUUAUAUGUGUUACAUGUACGUAAGAGGUUAUAACUUGUAGCAGUCUCAGUAGUGUGGGCCGCUAGAGGCCGCCCCGAUCUCUUCGCUUCUAGACUGCCUUGGAGCUUACUCGAGUCAUUCGAAAUAACCUAAUAAUUACUUUAUAGCAUUAAAUGUAGUCACAAGCUUUCGAUAGUGACCGACCCUCAGGUAGCUCUCAGUGAUGGUUUGUGUAGUAUCUGUUGAUGAGAGACAAUCUUUCAUUAUGAUAUUUAUCUACUAUGUAAAUGAUUUUGUGUGCCACAGUCGCAAAAAUUAUCAAUGUUAGAUAUAAUUGACUUGGCUGAAUGACUCAAUACAGUCAUUAGGUUAAAUACAUAUAUUAUUAUUUAUGUAUUAGUCCAUAAGUGUAACUUUAAGAGAGAUUAACACCUAAUACCAUUAUCCUUAUAAGUAUUAUGAUCAAGAAUAUUUCCAUUGUUUUAAAAACUUAGAUUGUUAGUAAUUAAAUUUAAGAAUAAAUUGUACAAACUACUUAUGUACAGUGUAGAAGAGUAAGUGACAGAAAGAGAGAUGCAAAGAAAGCAAUGUGUAGCAAAAGGAUAAUGUAAUGUAACGCGGGUGUUGUAAAUAUUGUAAGUUUCAAUGUGCACAUAGUCGCCUCCUUCAUUAAUAAAUUUUUUAGAUCAAUUA